CUGUGCCUCAGGUUUACGCCUAGAAAGAACAGAACAACAACGAGAUGAAAGGAAAAGACUCAAAUCUGAUCCUCUGCUUGUAAAGUCACAGGUCCAAUAACAGUGACUAAUCUGCCCAGAUCCAUGAUGAGAGGAAGUUUUCUGCAUAUUGUUUAACAUUACUCCAUAAACAUCAUUUAUAGCCAGGCUGAUGUGCAGUAAAUCGCAGAAUGUAGAAAUAACUAGAAAAUCCCUUAUACUGUGCCAGAGGGCAAAGCUUCCAUCAGACAUUUUUAGCUCAGCUUUUAGAUUUAAAUAAGUCUAAAUUAGUUAUAAAACAGCUCAGUAGUGUGUAUUGUAAUGAUUCUGGUAGGCCUUAAUAAUUUUAGUUUCACUGGCAGAAAAAAGUGACUAUGAAAGAAAUAUAAAGGCUAUGUGCAGCAGGACUUCAUACAGAACUCACACUGUAAAAGCGUCUUAGUUGAGGUCGUCCUCUCAAAUAAUGAGGCUACUGAAACAAAGCUGGCAGCUACUGUUGCUGAAGCUCACUGUUGUACUGGGAUCACUAUGGAUGCUUUUCCUACUGAGUCACACCAAAACAGGCAGGGAUGCUAGCUACAUUCUCAGGUAUAGCUGGUUGGAGUAUACAGAUGCUGAUGGCGGCCGAGAGAAAGUGUGCAACUGUUCAGCAAUCCUGCAGGGAGAGCGGGAGGCACUGGAGCAGGCCAAAUUACUGACCAUCACUAAAGACUUCCACAAGAAUGUUCAGAUCCCAGAUGAGUAUUAUAUUAAUGCAACCCAAGACUGCAGGAAAUUCAAGUUAAGCAGGAAAUACUUAACAUUGCCGUUAAGCCAGGAAGAAGAGGACUUCCCUCUGGCUUACUCUAUUGUUGUGCAUCAUAAGGUGCAGAACUUUGAGCGACUGCUGCGAGCCAUCUAUGCACCUCAAAAUAUUUAUUGCAUCCAUGUGGACAAAAAAUCAGAGACCUCAGUCUUCUCUGCCAUUAAGGCCAUUACUUCCUGUUUCCCAAAUGUCUUCAUGGCUAGCCAGACUGUGAGUGUGGUCUAUUCUGCUUGGUCACGUGUCCAGGCUGACCUUAACUGUAUGGCUGAUCUCUAUAAUGUCAGCAAAAAAUGGAAAUACUUCAUCAACCUUUGUGGCCAGGACUUCCCUCUGAAAACCAACUUGGAGAUUGUAAGGGCACUGCGUUCAUUGAAGGGUGGUAACAGCUUGGAGUCAGAAAAAUUGCCUGGUGAAAAGAAGUGGAGGAUAUCAAAUGUUCAUCAAAUAGUUGAUGGGAAAAUCCAGCAGACAGGAAAGGCAAAGGAGCCACCUCCAUUCAACCUGCCUAUCCUGUCAGGGAAUGCCUACAUUGUGGUUAACCGAGGCUACAUUCGCAGCGUGUUGGAGGACAACAGAGUACUGGCACUGAUCGAGUGGGCCAAAGAUACCUACAGUCCUGAUGAGUUUCUCUGGGCUACCAUUCAACGAAUCCCUGGUGUUCCUGGCUCAACGUGGCCCAAUCCCAAAUACGACAUGACAGACAUCAAUGCGAUUGCACGGCUGGUGAAGUGGCAGUGGCAUGAGGGACCACAGGGUUCACUGGAGGCGGUGUACCCAAAGUGUCAAGGCAACCAUGUCAGGGCAAUAUGUGUGUAUGGUGCUGGAGACCUGCAGUGGAUGCUUGAGCAGCAUCACCUCAUUGCCAAUAAGUUUGACACAGACACAGAUGCCAUUGUUGUCUACUGCUUGGAGAAGUAUCUGAGACAAAAGGCACUGGCUGAGAUACAUUAGAGAUUACAUUUGGAGAUUUUUCUGGCAACCAAGAAUGAGUCAAAGCAACAUUUUACUGUAGAAUUGUUAGCUUUACAAUUUUCAAGAUAUAUUUAAAAUGAUUUAUAUUUGUAGUGCAACAAAAGCCAAAGUGAUAAGAAAAACACAAAUAACCUGAUAAAAAAAAUCUGUUAAAUUAGUGGCAAUACAUUAUUCAGUCAUAUUGCUGCUAAUCUAGCAUAGUUGUUCAUCAGCCGGUCAAUUACAUUAAUCUGCUAAAAAGUUCUGAAGAAAAAGUCCUUGAGAAUUUCAUGUGAAAACGGAUGCUAGUUAAGUUUUUGGAAUUACAUAUGUGCAAAAUACAGGGAAAACCUGCAGUAAAACCCACUGCAGUGUGCAAGGGAACAGCAACUUGGGAUUUUCCCCAAACAUAAUGGAACAACAGGAAUUACUUCAAAACAACAAUGUAAUGUGAGUGGCCAAAAUUACUCUCUACUCACAGUCCUCAUGACACCUAACAGAGCGUGAGCAAAGAAAAACAGGGGAAAAUGUUUGGUGUCCAAAUGUGUAACUGAUACAAACCAUUCCACAUAGACUAAAGGAAAAUGACUUAAAUACCUUUUUUUUUUUUUUAAAUGUGUGAUUAAUUUGUAUUCACUUUGACAUUAAAGGGUGUUUUUUACUGAUCUAUGUAAAAAAAAGAGAUCAAUUAAUUCACUGUGAUUCAGUGUUAUAAAAAACAAGAAAUCAGUGCGGGCAGGGUACUUUAGAUUAUUAUGCAAUGUGCAACGUGCCGAUUGUGGUAUACAGAAUACUUUUUGAAAAGACUGUUGAGGAGGAACACAUCUUUAAUGAAGUAAAACAUUUUAGACAAAUAAAUACCUUGCAAGCCACACACAAAUGUAUACAAAUAUAAGAAAAUGAUAAUAAAAGUAAACACGUCCCAACCUGCACAGUAGGCACUCACUAUACUGUACCUCUCUAACCAUCAGUCAACAAUCUCUCUCUCUCUCUCUCUCUCUCUCACACACACACACACACACACACAUAACCCAGAUAAACCAUGACUAAAAUUACGAUUCUGCUUUUGGGUGAGUACAGUAAUCAGAUCAGAGCAAUCUCAAACUGUAGCAACAAAAGCAUGCAACACAUUACUGCAGCUACUGAUAACUGCUAUUUUGCAACCUUUAUGAUAUGAUGUCACAAGUAUUUUCACAGUGAUAUACAGUAUUAAUAGAACAGCCUACUAACAGCCUUUUAAAGAUUGUAUGAGGUGCUGAGUGAGAUGGUGACAUAGUGUAAAAACCCACUGUGACAGGAGCCACCUACAUCAUCGUAAACUAUUCAAAAAACUUUUAUUUGUGAACAGAUGGGCUGUAAUACAACUUCUGUUUGCUUGUAUUUGGUUAUUAGGUGAAAGAGUCAUGAGCCUCACUAUGGCUUCAGAGACUCCACACUAUUUUUGUACCAUAGGUUACAAAAAGGUACAGAUGGCAACUGACAGAGUAGAUUAAUACAUGGAUGUGACAAAGUCAGUUAGUAAUCCCUCCAAAGUGAAUUACAUAAGAAUCAAAGCGUUGUUUAAAUUAAAGAUGAAAUCAACAAACACAAUCAAGUGCUGUGUAACGUACAGUAGUACAGGAUAAAGCAUCUUCCCUUCAGCACAGUGACAGUCUCUGCACUGUAAUUACAGUAUUAUGUUCAGCACCCUCAGGUUGGUACUUUCCUCAAUGAACAAGCAACUGCCUGAUGUUUUGUUCCACAGCAUCUUCCUUUCUAACCCAUUGCUAGUUGUUGGUGUAACAACUAUGUGCCGAACACAUCAUGCUGCAGGCUAGCUUAUACUCAGAUAUGCUGCAGUAGAGUACAGCAUAAUGCAGGAAGAAGACAGGCAGCAACCAAGUAUUUUGUAAUUGUCAAACAGCAGAGUUCCUCUUCUUGUCGGUUCUGAGUGAGAGAGAAAAUGAGAGAAUGAAUUGUAGUACAUCUUUGUAAUCUAGACAUUAGAGUUAAACAUUUAAAGCAGUGGGAUUGCCAAUGAAAACUAUAUGAUAUGAGAGAAAUAAAAACCGUAAUCAGACUAGAAAGUGCAUACCUCUGCAAAAGCUAAACAAGGCCAGUUUCAGAUGUACAUUUUUAUGACUGUAACUGAAAUGGGAAAUGAAAUAUGCCUAUUGACAUUCUAAUUAUACAUUUUCUGUCAACUGCAACACAAAAUCAGCAUUUGUUAAGUGGCAUUAAAGGCCUGCUUUUAAAUUUC